AGUCCUCGAUGGCACUAAUCUCUGUCACUGCAUAAUGAUCCUCGUCUUUCCAAGUCAGUACCAUACGCGGCUUGUGUGAGCCUACCAUCGACGUUACGGGUCGAGAAAGCAGGCUCAAGCGAGAUGUCCGCCGCACAGAGCACCAUUUGACGGAGGUAGGUGAGGCAAUGGAGAGCGUGAGCCCCGUCGUGCUCGGCGCGAGAUGCAUUGCGAUGCCCAUUGAACAUCUUCCUGAAACUGUUCAAACAAUGCAUCUGGUGGUACAUCGAGAUAGCAUAGUAUGCCUGGUCGUCAUCUUCGCCAAGGCGCACGAAGCCAUGGCCGAAGGGAAUAACGGAUGCCCAGUCGUUGUCAUCCUCCAUACCAUAUCGAUCAGAGUCGACGACUUCGAGUGCGACGUCACCAAUAUCGAUAGGCACUCUGACUGGUUCGUCGUUGACGUUUGCGGUCUUGAUUGCGAAUCCUGUAAUUGCGUUCAGUAAUUCGCUACAUGUGUUACAGCGCUCUGCCUACUCACCGUGUUUGUACGAUGUGUUCACGACCGUGCCUAUGGUAUUGACGAGCAGCGAAAGCAGAAGGGCAAGGAUACCUGUGUGUACGACCUUCACGGGUAUCACAUAGUGGUCACGCAAAGUAGAGAGCAUCUCGAUGGUCUAAUUAUCCGUAGGAUUAUCAAAUGCAGAAAUUCACCAAGGGGUUGACUACUCGUAUUUCUGAUCGACCAAAAAGAGUUACUUGCAGAGCAGAGAUCCAUCCAUUCACCGUUACACGCUGUCAUUUCCGGAUAUGGGCGAUCAAGCUUCAAGGUCCAGGUGAUUUCCUCCACAGUCUUACAAGCCUGGCAAAUGUAUGUAUGUCACCAAACUGACAGUUGCAUAUGGACCCGGUCAUGAAUCAGAAUAGCGCAAUAUCCAGUACAACGGAACCACAAGUAUUCAUGGGAUCGUUCAAACUUCACAAUGCACUGAUUGUUCUAUUUGCUUCAUUCACUAUCCUAAUCCGUCUUCUUCAGGUAAUCACCGACUACCUCCAUGUACCUCGCUCGCUCCUCCCAGAAAGGCGUGUGAGUCGAAUUCAUGAAUGUGGUCCACUUGACGUCCGGGAUACCUUUGAAGAAGGGUUCCAUCACGAAGUCCUGCGCCAUAUCCCUGUGACCAUUCAGCAAGAGCGUAGGCACGGUGAUCUGUGGGAUUCGGUCGACGAUGGUCCAAUCGUUGCUAAACCUGAUGAAUACCGAAACAUCAGUUCACGACCGUGGGCUUGGCUUGGCAAACUUACGGAGCACUGGCAACAGUGGUGUCACCAUGGGGUCCGAAGAUAGCCAAGAACGAUGCAUUAUACGCCGCCGGCAAAUGCUUCAGUGUGCAACCGUAUACAGCGCUGAACACUUGCAACGCUGCCCAAUACUUCUGAGGGUCAGCCAGGCCGACCAUGAGCCCAUCCUGAACGUCUUGGGGCAUGGUCUGCAUGAGCUGAGCGAGUGAUUGACCCCACAGCGCGGAGGAAGCGGGAGUGUCUGAGAUGACCAGCUUCUUGAGACCUUUCGGUUUCCUCUGCACCUCGAAUUCGGUGCCUAGCUCUCCUCCCCAAGAGUGUCCGAGGAGGUGGAACGAAUCCUGGAUGGAAAAGUGGUUGAGGAGAUUGCUCAACUCGUCCAUGAAGAGUUCAACGGACCAGAAGUCCGCAGGCUUCUCGCGCAGGUGAGUAGAGCGGCCAUUGCCGAGCUGGUCGUAGAAGACAACAGGGAUAUUGGCGGUGUGGGCGAGGUCGGAGAUGGGGAUCAUGUAGUCGUGAGUGAGACCGGGCCCGCCGUGGAGGACGACGAGCGGAGUAUGAGCGCGGUUUUGGAUGUCACCGAAGACCUUAUAGUAGGUGUGGAAGGUU